GCUCUGCUUCUACUCACUCGCUGGCAUCGCCUUCUUACUGUGGCUAUUGCGCAACAUCGUCUGGCUGGUUUGGAGCGCUCAAGUCGUCGAUCGGUCACGUCAUUGGCGACCACUUCUUUAGGUUCUUGUACCUUGAAUCUCGCCUCGAAAGAUAGACCCUCAUCCUCCAUUCGCUCUUCCAGUGACCAUGAAGUCCGACCUAGUAGCCAUAACAGCAGCACUAUUAGCUACUAUGAUAACAAGGAGAGAUGCCGCCAGCGGCAUCUAUCGCGGCGGCUAAACCGGCGGAAUCACGAGCGCCGUGCUACGUCCAUAUCUUACAGUGAAUCAGCUAAAAAAAUCAUCGAGCCUUUACAAAGUCAAAGAACCGCUGUACUAGCUUACACCAAAAGCUCGGCUAGCUGCAUCGAAAGCAAUAGGAAUAUCAGUAAUUUAUAUGAUUGUGAGCCAGAUACAAACCUGCAUGCCACCAAGGCUAUUCUGAAAGAUUGUGAUGGUUUUUCUGAACUGGCAAAUCCUGAAAGACUUGUCGAUUCGCGUAACGAUACUGGAGUCUGGAUGGGUCAUGACAUUGGGCCAGCCCCUGCCGGCCUUCUUAGCGGCUGGCCUUCAGGGUCAGGCCGCCUGGAGACCUUUUUUUCAAGCCAAUCAAGUCGAUGGAGGCACGGUUUCGACCAGCUUGCCAACUGGACACGCCCAGAUAGUAAUCAGCUAGCAGCAAGUGUUAACCAGGCCUGGAAGACCUCGAGUAGUUGGGUAGAACCGUGGAAGCAUGGAGCCCCAGAUAAAUCGGAGGUUGAGAUAGCAACGGAAGGAAUAGGAAAAGUACCAGUUGGUGCUGAAUUAGAACCCAAGGGCAGUUUGCAAGGUGAUCAACGGAGUUUGGGGAAUAUAGCUACCAAGUUUUCUGUUCUCUCGCCAAGAAAGACAAAUGUGCUAAAUCCUAGCCGACUACAUCCAGCCUUGCACGAAUAA